ACUUCACAUGCCACUAGAAUCCCACCAUUCUGAAUCCCACUUUUCUUUUCCAGUAAUUUCCUAAAAUACCCUCUUCCGCGAUCACUUGGCAUCUGAGAAAUCCCCAAAUUACCCCUGAGAUUUACUUCAUUAUUCCCAGAACAUAAAUACUUUAGUACCUUAAUUCCCAAACUACCUUCCUUAAUUUUUUCCUUAAUUCCUGAAAUGCCCUUUUCUGUCUGAGUGCUAAUACUAUAAUUGCACUCCAGGAAACCAGCACAUAGCAGCACUAGGGAGGAAAAUAAGAGAGGAAGAGAGCCAAGAAUGGCAGCCAUGGCUUCUCCUUACCUCAAAGCUUCCACCCGUCAUCCUCAUUCUUUCCCGAAACUACUCAAGACCCAUCCCGCCUCAUCCUUCAAUCUUCGCCCACUUCCCACCACCAGAACCCGACCCGCCACCCGGAUUUCAGCUUCCCUGAUCGACCCGGAUGGCGGUAAACUUGUCGAACUUUUUGUUAAGGAAUCAGAGAAACAGUCGAAACUUCAGCAGGCCUUAUCCCUGCCCAAGAUCAGGCUCUCGAAGAUUGAUCUUCAAUGGGUGCACGUGCUCAGCGAGGGCUGGGCCAGCCCAUUGAAAGGCUUCAUGAGAGAGUCAGAGUUCCUCCAAACGCUUCAUUUUAAUUCACUCCGGCUCGAGGAUGGGUCGGUUGUGAAUAUGUCGGUGCCCAUCGUGCUUGCGAUAGAUGAUGCCCAGAAGAACAGGAUCGGGCCGUUCACUAGCGUGGCGCUUGUUGAUGAGAAGGAUGACUUGGUUGCUAUUUUGAGCAAGAUCGAGAUUUACAAGCACAAUAAAGAAGAAAGAAUAGCAAGAACUUGGGGUACCACAGCCCCUGGUCUUCCCUAUGUUGAGGAAGCUAUCACUGGUGCUGGAAACUGGCUGAUUGGCGGUGAUUUAGAGGUUAUAAAUCCCAUCAAAUACAAUGAUGAUUUAGAUCGCUUCAGGCUCUCCCCUGCCCAACUCCGAGAUGAGUUUGAGAGACGCAAUACGGAUGCAGUUUUUGCUUUCCAGCUUAGGAAUCCUGUGCACAAUGGUCACGCUCUGCUGAUGACAGAUACACGACGUCACCUUCUUGAGUUGGGAUAUAAGAAUCCAGUCCUCCUGCUUCAUCCUUUGGGUGGUUACACUAAAGCCGAUGAUGUUCCUCUUAGCUGGCGAAUGAGGCAACAUGAGAAGGUUCUUGAAGAUGGCGUCCUGGACCCUGAAACUACAGUUGUCUCCAUAUUCCCAUCGCCCAUGCACUAUGCUGGCCCCACUGAGGUACAAUGGCAUGCUAAGGCUAGAAUUAACGCAGGCGCGAACUUCUACAUUGUAGGGCGAGACCCUGCUGGCAUGAGCCACCCAAUUGAGAAACGAGAUCUGUAUGACGCUGAUCAUGGAAGGAAAGUGCUGACCAUGGCUCCUGGAUUGGAGCGGCUUAACAUUCUACCAUUCAAGGUGGCUGCAUAUGACAAGUCACAGGGUAAAAUGGCAUUCUUUGAUCCGUCAAGGGCUCAAGAUUUUCUGUUUAUAUCUGGCACCAAGAUGCGAACGCUUGCAAAGAACAGGGAGAAUCCUCCUGAUGGAUUCAUGUGCCCUGGUGGCUGGAAAGUGUUGGUGGAAUACUAUGACAGUUUGGCUCCUGCUGAGAAUGAGAGGGUGCCUGAACCAAUUCCGGCUUGAAAAUUAUUACUUGUGUAAUUAUGAUAGGGGAAACUUUACAUGCUCCAUACUUACCUCGUAUGAUGAUUGCCUUGUAAAACUUCUCUUCUACCUCAAUAAUACUAUUGAAGCUUGGUUACAGGAUCAGAACUUUUGCCUCAAAAUCUGUAAUAUAUUGUCACAAAUGACAUGGAAUUGAUAUCGUUGUGUGAUAUCAGCUUUCUGCUGGUUUGGAGAGUGGAUUUUUUUUUUCUGUUA